AAACAGGAGCAGGAUUGUGGAACUACCGAAGCUACCCAGGGACUCUUACUUCUCAAUGGCCGGACUGUAUGGGUGCUCAGCUCCUGACAUGCAUAGCCUCCGACUCAUCCUGAUGUCAAUCCAGCUGCUUUGCUAUCUCCUGCUGUGUCCUGUGGAUGCCACUUCACACGGAGAGGCAACCAGUGUCUCUACGGUGCUCCCUCCCUCGAAGUUGGGAUACCAGAUGCAGACCUCAGACAAGCCCUUGUCCUGCCAGAUGCUGCUCCCCAAGUCCCUGCCUGGCUUCACUUACAUGCCCCCUGUCUCCAAAUUCCUGGUAGGCCUGGCUCUAAGGAAUGCUCUGGAGGCAGCUGGCUGCCAGGCUGAGGUCUGGGCUCUUCAGCUUCAGCUUUACCGAUUAGGAGGUGUGGAGGCUACACAAGCCCUCAUCCACCAUCUCCAGGAGCUCCAGAAGAGUGGACACACAGACCGGGAAGUGUCUGUGGAUGCCCUGUCCUCUGCUCUGCAGCUCUUAGCCUGGGAGCAGCCAGGUCCAAAGAGGGCCAAACGUUCGAUUUCCAACACAGACUGCGACAAUGAUCAGGAACAGAGUGUCCACAAUGUGGUUGACCUACUACCAGCAGUAGGCACCUACUACAACCUAGGCACAGCUUUGUAUUACGCCAUUAAGAACUGCUCUGACAAGGCCAAGGAACGAGGUCGAGAUGGGGCCAUAGAUCUGGGUUAUGAUCUCUUGAUGGCCAUGGUAGGCGCGUCAGGGGGCCCAGCUGGUGCGGUGAUCACGGCUGCUCUUAAGCCAGCGAUGAAGGCUGGGGUUCAGCGGCUGAUCCAGUAUUAUUAUGAUGAGAAAGAGGUGACCACCCCUCAGCCAGAGGUGACCACCCAUCAGCCAGAGACCGGAAAGGAUGCCACCACAGAUAUCGGUGUUGUGGAAGAAAUAGCCAUGUCUAAUUUUGUGUCAGAAGUUGAAAGUACAACUUCUAACUGGGAGUGGCCUUUAUUAAAGAACUAUGGUGUCUUGGCGUACAAGAGAUAGUAACAAAACAACCAAUAAGUGGAAAAUUCUGACAAGAGAAGUGUAGAUGGAUGGAUGGGUGGGUGGAUGGUUUGGGAUACUGUCAUCGCUUGCCAGUAAUUUCCUUCUUGAAACUUAGAUUUUUACACUCUAAUGGGGCUGGCUAACUUCCACCUGAACAAGUGAUUAUAGAAAUUAAAAAGCGUUAUCAUGAACCCACAGUAUUUAUCAUUCAUAUCCUCAAAAAUACCUUAUUACCUCAGCUCUUCCCUCCCUAUCCUAAGGGACGCAGGUCCCACCCUUUCUAUGGAGUCCUAGGUGCCUUCACGCACCCUGGUUUCAGUUUCCUUUCCCUAGAACUCACGGUUCGGUUCGGGUAAAUCAGCUGCUAGAAUUCCUGGCUAAGACUUUAGUUGGGCUCCGCCCGACUAGGGGGGCGGGAGCGGGCACUAACGAGCUUCUCCCUCUCCGCCAAUCACUGAAGUCGGCGGUGUGGUUUCAAGCAGCUUGUCCAGCCCAGCGCUGAACGGGGUUGUGUUUCAGCCAAUGAGAGUGACACGCGGGGAGGGCGUGGCUAAGCUUUCGGUCGCCCCACCGAUCCCGGAACGCCGAGCGUCCACAGCCGGGUGAUCCAUUCCGCCAGCCGGGUGACCCAUUCCGCUGUUCGCUAUCUUGGUCCGCCGGAGUCGGGGGAGGGUGGAAAACGGGUCCUUGAACCGCUUGGAGAAUUGGAAGUUGCAGCGAGAGCACUGGAAGGAGCGGCACUGGACCCUCAGAAGGUACAGGCCCCGAAAGGGUGUGCGGAGCGGGGCGGAGGUGCCAGCCGGUUCCCGGGAAGGGCUGCUGCCCCGGGUGAUGCCCCUGUAGACAAGGCUUCUGCUCUCUGGCUGAAGUCGAACACCCUGCAGGAUGCUGCACCGCUGCACAGUUCUACUUCUCAACCCUGUCGACUUCCUUCCAAAACUCCUCCGCAACCCUUGCAGCUGCUCUAUGUACCCAUUAUGAUCCUUGUCAUAAGCCAAAGCUUUAACCUCUGCUCUGCGAAUCUAUUUACUUAUUUGUUUGCUUCCUUAUUAUAUUUUUAAAAUUUGUAUGCAUGUUGUGUUUAUGUACUAGGUGCGUGCCUGAAUUGGCCAGAAGAGGGCCGAAUUUACUAGGACUGGAGUUAAGAUGGUUGUGAGCAGCCAUGUGGGGGCUGGGAACCGAACCCAGGUCCUCUGGAAGAGCAGCCAGUGCUCUUAACCAUGGAGCCAUCUCUCGAGGCCCUUUACAUAAUUUUUGAUCCUUGCACAAAUAAAUAAAUAAAUAAGAA